UGCUUCGCGUGCCUUAUGGCCCUUCUCCAAAGCAAAGAGAAGGGGGUGUCGGGGGGCGAAGCAGCCUCCAGGUCUAACUUUAUUGUUCUGGAGAAAGAACUAUGGUGCAAUUACAGGGCAGGUUUCCCUUCCCCGCCUCCCCGCCAGCCCAUCCCCCCUCUCCAAUCCCUCCGGCGAGCCUCUUUGGUUUUCGAGCAGUUAAAUGCUCGGCCUCGCUCAUGCAAGACCAGACGCGUCUUUGCGCUCGCCAGGCGGCUCACUCCAGCCUCUGAUUCCCAGGGGGCAACACGGCCUCGGCCAGGACUCCCUGCCAAGCCAGCCGCUUCCAGGCUCCUCAUGGACAUCCGGGGGGCCCUCGCCCUCCUGCUGGCCGCCUGGGGCUGCUCCUCCUCCUCAUCUGCCUUCCCGUACCGCCUGGCCCUGCCGAGCUCCCGGCGCAGCAGCUGCAAGCCCGUGCCUAGCAGCAUGAGCCUGUGCCACGGGGUGGGCUACAGCGAGAUGCGCCUGCCCAACCUCCUGGGCCACGACACCAUGAAGGAGGCCUUGCAGCAGGCCGCCUCCUGGGUGCCCCUCCUGACCAAGCAGUGCCACCGGGACACCAAGAAGUUCCUCUGCUCCCUCUUCGCUCCUGUCUGCAUCAGUGAGCUGGACGAGCCCAUCUUCCCCUGCAGGUCCCUCUGCGAGGCGGUCCGUGACAGCUGCACCCCAGUCAUGGCCGCCUUUGGCUUCCCUUGGCCAGAGAUGCUGAACUGCAGCCGGUUUCCUCGAGGGAAUGAGCUCUGUGUCCCUCCCGCUGGCCCGGACGACAGGGUGCAGCUCCCAAAGGAAGAUGCAGUGUGCACAGCCUGCCUGGAUACUGGGCAUGGUGAGAAGGAAUUCUUGGAAAAUGUUUGCACCCAGGAUUUUGCCUUAAAAAUGAGCAUCAAAUCUUUGUCCGGCAUCGAAGGGGACUUCCGAGUGGUUCCAGAACUCCGGGGCCGCACUCUCUACAAGCAGGAUGGCUGGUCGGAAGAGGAGCUGAAAAAGCCAGUCCUGUGGCUGACCGAUGGAGCCGCCUGCUCCUGCGAGGAGCUGGUGACAGGCCCGAGCUCUGUGGCCCUCGCCAUGGGGCACAGGGUGGCCGGGCGACUCGUCAUCUCUUGGGUCAGGCGGUGGCGGAGGGGGGAGAAGGAGCUGAAGAAGUUCACCAGGGCUGUGCGGAAGCUGCAGUGUUAAGAGGCACCAACAUCCCCCCUUCCCUCCCCAGUUUAUCUUUAUGGUUCAAGCCAGAGAGCGUGUUUAAAUUUAGCCUUGACAUCAGAAUUCCUCCAGUUCCUGAAAGUGCGCUAUAUGGGAUCCAGCAGGACAGAAAUCUGGGGGAGGUUUGACCUUCUGAAUGAUUCUUUUUGGGACAACAAUGAGUGAAUUCACAGGAACCCAAACUCCCUAGGAAAUUGGGGGCAGUGGGACCCUUUCCCCCCGAAACCUCAGCCACAAGGGAUGGGCGUGGGGAUACACUUCUCCUCCCCACAUGCUGUGGUCCAGUGACAAUGGGGGGCGUACUUAAAUAAAGGGAAAACACAACUGUAGCUUCGAGGCUAGUUCCCAGCCAGCGUGGGCACAGGGAACAUCUCUUGACUUUGGGGUGGCGUCUCCAGCUGGGAGUUAUAGUCCAAAAUAUCUGGAGGACACCAGGUUGGGGAUGGCUGGUUUAGGGUUAUUAAACAAAAACAGAGACUGUGAAUUAAACAAAUCUACCCAGGACAGCUAACAGAAACUGGCCAAGUGGCAACACUAGCAGGAAUGCUUGAAAUGGGUUGGGGGGCGGUUCCUUUGCACAUAACACAGAAAUAGUAGUACUAAGGAUGCUAAAUUUGAGGUACAAAAGCAGCUUCAGUGCCUGCAAGAUAAAUACCCAUUGCCCUACCCAUUACAAAAGUCCUGUCAUCCCAUCCCAGCCAUUUUUUGUCUCUAGGACAUCAACAUUUUAUACUUUCAUCAUGUUUUAAAACUUGCCAAGGCUCAAGCAUCCAUUUGGGGACGAGCAGAAAUCUAUUUCCUCAUAACUGGAGAGAAGACAACUGCUUGAAAGGGACUUAGAAGUAGUUUGGAAAAGAGUUUGCUUCCCAGGGUAUACACGUCAUGAAUUUGGUCUCACUGUGUCCUGAAGUCAAAUAGGCUUUGCAGGUUUUUGAAACCUUAAAAACCUGUUUGACUGGAGGCAAAAGUGAGAUGGCAGUGUGUGUCUGCUCCUCAUGCCCAUUCCAGAAUCAUGACAGGAGCCUUUCCCCUGACCUCCACACAUUUGUGACAUAACACAUGUGAAGCCACCUGCUCUGUACUUUACAGCACAUGGGUGGAGGUUGGGGCAAAGCCUUUAAAAAAAGACAUACUCUGAGCAUGUGCAGUUUCAUAUUUUAAACUAAAAUCAUCAUAGCACCAUCGUGGCUGUUGUUGUUAUGUGCCUUCAAGUCAAUUAAGACUUAUGGCGACCCUUUGAAUCAGUGACCUCCAAGAGCAUCUGUUAUAAACGACCCUGUUCACAUCUUGUAAGUUCAGGGCUGUGGCUUCCUUUAUGGAAUCAAUCCAUCUCUUGUUUGGCCUUCCUCUUUUUCUACUCCCUGCUGUUUUUCCCAGCAUUAUUGUCUUUUCUAGUGAAUCAUGUCUUCUCAUUAUGUGUCCAGAGUAUGAUAAUCUCAGUUUCAUCAUUUUAGCUUCUAGUGACAGUUCUGGUUUAAUUUGUUCUAACACCCAACUAUUUGUCUUUUUCGCAGUCCAUGGUAUGCACAAAGCUCUCCUCCAGCACUGUAUUUCAAAUCGUGGCUACAGAAAUAAAAUGAAGUUUAUUUUUCCUGCCAUGAUGCUAAACAAAUUUACUUUGGCAUAAGCACCAAUUUGGUGUAGAAAAAGGAUGAUAUACAUUCUAAAGUGAAAUGAAGAAGAAAAAAAGGAGUCUGUGGUAGAUCCCGGCAUGCCAGCCCAGGUGAAGUUGCCUACCCUCCUUGCCACUCUGCCCAUCAUCUCUUGUUCCCUGUGGUCCCCUGGGCUAUAACCCUGAGGGCCAGCCCUUUUUGCCCUCCACUGGCUCCCCUUUCAAAACCCCAAGAAAGACAUAGUCUCUCCCCAGUCUCAAAAUAAUGCUAUAUUGGGGGGGGGGCAUGGUUGGAUAUUUUCCCUGAAAUCUGACAUUUUGUACACUGUAUGUUUGAUUUUCAUGACUAUGUUGUUUAUUAGCUAAAACCUUUGUUUUAAUAAACUGAAAAUGCCACUUA